ACGGCACGUGACGGGGCGGGGCCUGGGCGCCCGCGUGACCGGCAGUUGGUCACGUGACGCUGGGGCCGGCCGGGCUUCUCAAGAUGGCGGUGUGCAUCGCGGUGAUCGCCAAAGAGAAUUACCCUCUGUACAUUCGCAGCGCUCCCACAGAGAAUGAGUUGAAGUUUCACUACAUGGUGCACACAUCCCUGGACGUGGUGGAUGAGAAGAUCUCUGCGAUGGGGAAGGCUUUGGUCGACCAGAGGGAGCUCUACCUGGGCCUGCUCUACCCCACAGAGGACUAUAAGGUUGUCUUGUUUCCGCAAAGCGAGGGCACCCAGGGCCCUGGGCUCACAGCCCCAAGUUAGAAGUAUGUUCCCUAACCUGCUGUGCAGAUACGGCUAUGUGACCAACUCCAAGGUGAAGUUCGUCAUGGUGGUGGACUCUUCCAAUACAGCCCUUCGAGACAAUGAAAUCCGCAGUAUGUUCCGGAAGCUGCAUAACUCCUACACAGAUGUGAUGUGCAACCCCUUCUACAACCCAGGGGACCGUAUCCAGUCCAGGGCCUUUGACAACAUGGUGAUGUCUAUGAUGGUACAAGUCUGUUGAGCACGAGCUCCGCUGCCAGCCAUCUCGGGAGCAUCUGCAUGUCACUAUUGUGGAGACAUCUGUCAUUGCCUCUUCCUGACAUGAUGUGCUGCUCGGGGGCAGGAUCUCAUGCACAGUGCAUCUCAACUAAAGGUCUUGUGAGACGAAACUUGGCUUUUCCCUUCUGUGUCUACAGAAGAUGUAACUAAGUAGAGUUCAGCUAAAGACCUCUAGGGCAUGUGGGCACAGGUUAGAGACCAAAGCCAGCAGGAAGCUGUCCUCAUUCAGCAGAAGGGUCAGGGCCACCUGGGGCCCAGAGAGCUCAGAGCCUGCGAGCAGGUGACCUCUGGUGCAUGUGGCUAGCCCAUGCCCCUACCUCUGCCCUUGCUGUGGCUGCCCACCCCCGUCAGCCAGAUAGGUGGGGAGUUCUAUGGAAGUUGGCCUCUUGAACCAAGAGCCAGCCUGGGAUAUAGGGACCACAGCACUUCAUGAGUAAGAGCUUUUCUCCUCUGGACUUGGCUUCCAUUGUUUGCAUCUGACACAUGGUCUGGCCUCUGGCUUGGCCUCAGGAGGAGCCGUCAUGAGACGUGGGAAGCCUCGUGGACCCAGGCGUCUAGCCACCUGCUGUGUGCUGCUUGUGUACAGGGAUGAGCAGGUGUGAAGAGCCCCUACCCGUCUGCCCCGGGAGCUGGGCGGAGGGUGACGCGCUGCCACUGGGUCUCAACCUGCCGGUCCUGACCCCUGUGAAGUCCAGGUGACGACAGGAAGUACAGUGACAACCCACAGGAUCAGGGAAACGACUUGGCUACAUGGUGACUGCCCAGGGGGUGGCAGAAGUGACAAGGACCACCGUCUCCGGUGCCGUUGGCUUCCUAGAGUUGAGCAACCCAAGACUGGGCCAUGGAGGAGACACCCCCAGAGGCCCCCCUCCCCCCAGCCUCCCAGAACUGAGUUUCUCCAGGCCCUUCAGGAGGGAGCAGCAAGGGUGUCUUGGGGAACAGGAGGCAUUGGUGGGUUAGCCUGAGAAUGGGGGGUGGGGUGGGCUUUUCUCUCUGUACCUUUGGGUUGUAUUCCCAUCCAUCAGGCACAGUAUUAAUUUCAUAAAUUAUGGAAGAAGAACAAAGCAUAAGGAGUGUGUGUGAGAAAGACCUGUCCCAGGCUGGUCUUGAAAGGCCAGAGUCAGCUGCGGAAGGCCAGGCAGCUGAUCCUGGGCAGAUGCGUGGCGGGGGCUCCACACCUCCCUUCAAAGGGCCUGGCUGCUGAGCCCAGGAGCCCCAGGCCAGCCCCACCCGCCUGUAGUCUGGCAUCCUCUGAGUGGAGGCUGUGAGUUGCCAGCCCAGCAUCCAUUUCCCCCUUCCUAUUAACAGAAUUGAGCAUUACUCAAGUCUAUCAACAGGUAGAAGCCACUUGCUGCCCUCUCUAGCACCCGGGUGAGUAGUUAGGGGAUAUAAAUGGAGUCAGGAGAGGCAGGAAAGAGCCUUUAAUAGGGGGCUUAGCAGGCGCAGGGAGUACCCUUCACCUUCUGUUGUCUUUGCCUGGAACUUGUAUGUGGUGGCCGGAGCUCAGACAGCUAUCUUGUGAGUGUGAGGACAAUAUUCAUACUCUAGGGAUGAGGGAGCAGAGAGCAAGGAUCCUGGGCCUUUGUUGACAUAUCAGCUCUGGACUACUUGUGGAGUUUUUUAAUAUGAGAAAAUAAAAUAGAUUUCUUCCUUGUUCAAGCUACUAAAAUGGGUUUUUGUGUUAGGUGCAGCCAGAGCAGUCCAUAGUGCUUGUCACGUGAGGGAGUUUCACAAGCAGUAUUGUUUAGGCCUCAGAAGGUCAUCUGCUUAAAGGUGACAUGGUGCUGUAUCGUGGCAGUUCCACGUAUUACCUCCAUCAUGAGGCUGGCUUCUCACGAGGGCUGCAUCCCCUGACCACUCUGGUGGGCCUUGCUGGCAGCAGCCCUGUCUCUCCUGCACAGACCAGAGGUAAGGGGAGCCUGUUCCUGUUGGCUGCCCACCUGAGACAGUGUCUGUUUCCUCUGGACACAGCAGAAAUCUCUGCCACUGUGACUCGGGGCCCUCGCUGUGGGGGCCAUGCCAAGGGGUACUUAGU